ACUCGUAGCCUACUAGGGGGGUGGCGCGUUCACUUCAGUCCCGGGGCCCCCUGCUCAGAGUGAUGGAGAGCCCCAGACCUCCGGCCUCAAACGCAGAAUGUGCGGUGAACGUGUUUCUGGGGCUGCGGGCCGGAGAGGAGUCCCCGCACGGCGCCGGGCGCCAGAUGCCCUCCUCGUCGCUUCCCCCGGUGCCCGCAGAGGAAUGGUUAUUCAGCUUCUAAAAGCUGGAAAAGCUAAGGAAGUCUCCUACAAUGCCCUAGCCUCACACAUCAUUUCAGAAGAUGGGGACAACCCAGAGGUUGGAGAAGCCCGGGAAGUCUUCGAUUUACCUGUUGUAAAGCCUUCUUGGGUGAUAUUAUCCGUUCAGUGUGGAGCUCUUCUGCCAGUAAAUGGUUUUUCUCCAGAGUCAUGUCAGAUUUUUUUUGGAGUUACUGCCUGCCUUUCUCAGGUGUCAUCUGAAGACCGAAGUGCUCUGUGGGCUUUGGUUACAUUCCACGGAGGGGAGUGCCAGCUGAACCUCAACAGGAAGUGCACCCAUUUGAUUGUCCCAGAACCAAAGGGGGAAAAAUACGAAUGUGCUUUUAAGCGAGCAAGUAUUAGAAUUGUGACACCUGACUGGGUCCUCGAUUCCAUAGCUGAUAAAACUAAAAAGGAUGAAGCAUUUUACCACCCUCGCCUGAUUAUUUACGAAGAGGAAGAAGAGGAGGAAGAGGAGGUGGAAAACGAGGAACAGGAUUCUCAAAACGAGGCUAGUACAGAUGAAAAAUCAAGCCCUGCUAGUUCUCAAGAAGGAUCGCCUUCAGGUGACCAACAGUUUUCACCCAAAUCAAACACUGAAAAAUCUAAAGGGGAAUUGAUGUUUGAUGAUUCUUCAGAUUCAUCACCUGAGAAACAAGAGAGGAAUUUAAACUGGACCCCAGCUGAAGUCCCACAGUUAGCUGCGGCAAAACGCAGACUACCUCAGGGAAAGGAGCCUGGAUUAAUUAAUUUAUGUGCCAAUGUCCCACCGGUCCCAGGUAACAUUUUGCCUCCUGAUGUCCGGGGUAAUUUAAUGGCUUCAGGACAAAAUCUCCAAAGCUCUGAAAGAUCAGAAAUGAUAGCUUCUUGGAGUCCAGCUGUGCGGACAUUGAGAAACAUUACUAAUAAUGCUGACAUUCAGCAGAUGAACCGGCCGUCAAAUGUAGCACAUAUCUUACAGUCUCUCUCAGCACCUACAAAAAAUUUAGAACAGCAGGUGAACCAUAGCCAACAGGGACAUACAAAUGCAAAUGCAGUGCUGUUUAGCCAAGUGAAAGCAACUCCCGAGACGCACAUGUUACAGCAGCAGCAGCAGCCCCCGCAGCCGCAGCCGCAGCAGCCCCCACAGCCGCACCACCCGGUCUUACACCUUCAGCCCCAGCAGCUCAUGCAGCUCCAGCAGCAGCAGCAGCAACAGAUUUCUCAGCAACCUUACCCCCAGCAACAGUCGCAUCAGUUUUCACAGCAGCAGCAAGUCCAUCAGCAUCCGUUUCCACAGCAACAGCUACAGUUUCCCCAGCAGCAGCUGCACCCUCAGCAGCAGCUGCAUCGCCCGCAGCAACAGCUACAGCCCUUCCAGCAACAGCAUGCCCUUCAGCAACAGUUACAUAAGCUGCAGCAACAGCAGCUGCAGCAGCAACAGUUAGCACAGCUACAGCAGCAGCAGCAGAACCUGCUCCAGCAGCAGCAGCAGCAGCAGCACAUCCAGCAUCAGCUACAGCAGCAGCAGCUGCAGCGCCUACACCAACAGCAGCAGCAACAGCAGAUGCAAAGUCAGACGGCCCAGCACUUGAGUCAGACGGCCCAGACACUACAGCCUCAGGCCCCGCCCCAGCAGCCGCCCCAGCCGCCGCCGCCGCCCCAGCAGCCGCCCCAGCAGCAGCCGCACCAGCCGCCGCAGCCGCAGCCGCAGCUUUUUGGGCAUGAUCCAGCAGUGGAGAUUCCAGAAGAAGGCUUCUUGUUGGGCUGUGUAUUUGCAAUUGCGGAUUACCCAGAGCAGAUGUCUGACAAGCAGCUGCUGGCCACCUGGAAAAGGAUCAUUCAAGCACACGGAGGCACUGUGGAUCCCACGUUCACUAGUCGGUGUACACACCUUCUUUGUGAAAGUCAAGUCAGUAGUAUGUAUGCACAGGCGAUAAGAGAAAGGAAGAGAUGUAUCACAGCACACUGGCUAAAUACAGUCUUUAAAAAGAAGAAAAUGGUGCCGCCUCAUCGAGCCCUUCAUUUUCCAGUGGCGUUCCCACCAGGAGGAAAGCCGUGCUCACAGCAUAUUAUUUCCGUGACUGGAUUUGUUGAUAGUGACAGAGAUGACCUAAAGUUAAUGGCUUACCUGGCAGGUGCCAAAUAUACGGGCUAUCUGUGCCGCAGCAACACAGUCCUCAUCUGUAAAGAACCAACUGGGUUAAAGUACGAAAAAGCCAAAGAAUGGAGGAUCCCAUGUGUGAAUGCUCAGUGGCUUGGUGACAUUCUUCUUGGAAACUUUGAAGCACUAAGACAGAUUCAGUAUAGUCGUUACACAGCUUUCACUCUGCAGGAUCCAUUUGCCCCUACUCAGCAGCUAGUUUUAAAUCUGCUAGAUGCUUGGAGAGUUCCAUUAAAAGUGUCAGCAGAGUUGUUGAUGGGUGUAAGAUUACCUCCCAAACUGAAACAGAAUGAAGUAACUAAUAUCCAGCCUUCUUCCAAAAGAGCCAGGAUUGAAGAUAUACCACCUCCCACUAAAAAGUUAACACCAGAAUUGACCCCUUUUGUGCUUUUCACUGGCUUUGAGCCUGUCCAAGUUCAGCAGUACAUUAAGAAACUCUACAUUCUUGGCGGUGAGGUUGCUGAGUCUGUGCAGAAAUGCACACAUCUUAUUGCCAGCAAAGUGACCCGCACUGUGAAGUUUCUGACAGCGAUUUCUGUAGUAAAGCACAUAGUGACUCCAGAAUGGUUAGAAGAAUGUUUUAAAUGUCAGAAAUUCAUUGAUGAGCAGAACUACAUUCUCCGAGAUGCUGAGGCUGAAGUACUUUUUUCUUUCAGUUUGGAAGAAUCCUUAAAAAGGGCACAUGUCUCUCCACUCUUUAAGGGAAAAUAUUUUUAUAUCACACCUGGAAUCUGUCCAAGUCUUUCAACUAUGAAAGCUAUAGUGGAAUGUGCAGGAGGAAAAGUAUUAUCUAAACAACCAUCUUUCCGGAAACUCAUGGAGCAUAAGCAAAAUAAGAGCUUAUCAGAAAUCAUCUUAAUAUCGUGUGAAAACGACCUUCACUUGUGUCGGGAAUACUUUGCCAGAGGAAUAGAUGUUCAUAAUGCAGAGUUUGUUCUAACUGGAGUCCUUACACAAACGCUGGACUAUGAAUCAUAUAAAUUUAAUUGAUGGCAUGUAAGCUGCUGCGUGCCUCUGGCGUCCUGGAGCACAAGAUCUGGCCAUUUGAGCUGUUGGAUAGAGCACCCAGGGCUUCCGCAGACGCUCUUGUUUUCCGGCUGCUUUCUUAGGGGACAAGCAUUUUAAAGCAGGAAAACAAAUAUAAUAAAUUAACUGCAUCUUAUUAAGAUGUGUGAUUUUAUUCUGAGAAAACAUAAAUUAUGUUUUGUAUUAUAUGAAUUUAAGAGCCCACAUUAGGUUUUAUGAUUCAUUUGCCAGGUUUUUAAAUGUUUUCACAAAACUGUUAUGGAACUUCAGCUACAAGUAAAAUGGUGUAAAUAAAGACCUUGCUAUCUUUAAAUUAUGGAUGUUAAAGAAAUGAACUGUUUUGUACUUUGAUUAUUUUUAUUUCUUAUACUCCGUUUUCUUUUAUAUUGAUAUCUUGCCCACAUUUUAAAUAAAUGUACUUUUGAACUGUACUUAAAACUGAGUCGCUCUUCAUUGGUCCACAUUUUUUGUGUAACUUAGAUGAUUUGCAUCAAACUGGUUCACAUUAUUUCAAGCCAAAAUAUUUUCUAGCAGAUUUUCUCCUAAAGAAAUAAUUUCUGGAAGGCAGCCAUUUUCUGUCAAUAUAAUAAAUAAAUACUUAGGGCUACAGCACAGGAGUCAGCCACUCAGAAGCAGUGAUGCCCCCAAACGACCCGUGUCGGCUCUGCUGCUAUUCCAGGUCUUGAUUCUAAUGCAGCCUCUGUUGAAUUGUAGCUGCGAGAAAAUAACUGGAGGCAACCACGUUUUAAAGAAUAGUUAGGGGAUUAGCUGCUAAUACAUUUAAAAUCAUGUUGACCGAUAUUGUCAUAGAUGUUGAAUUGCGUUCGUAUCACUUUCCUCAUCAGGUAUGUUCCUGAAAGAAGUGCCUUCCCUGGAAAUAUUUGUGAUUUAUUUCAGAGUUUAUUCUUUAAUUACACUAUCUUGACGAUUUAAGUCUAAAACACAGUAUCGGUGGAGCAUAUGUAUUAAAAAGUUUUUAACACUCGAUCUCCAUUUAAUAGGACUUCUCAGAAUUCAUGUAGGGCAUUAAUGUUUGUUACAUAUUCAAGACAUCAUUACUUCAGAUACUCCUCUCAACUCUGGUAGGGCAGUGGAGCUGUUUUCACAAAUGGAAAGGAAAUUGACUUUACAGACAUCAACACACAAUUUCAACUUAUUUAAGGAACAAUCCAUAUCUUCAGCAUUACCCAGUACCUAUCUGGCCCUUGACCUUGUGUGGUACUCACAGUGCUCUGAAACCAUGUGGGCACACAUUCACGUCUUAAUAAAUGUGACUGACAUAUAUAUUUGUUGUGUAUUAGAAAUUUUUAUCCCUUGAUAAAUCCUUGAGUUAUUAAAAAUGCACCCAAAGUCAGUAUUUUCAUGGGGGCACUUGUAUUUUUAACAAACUGCCUCAAGGUCUGCUUUUAAGCCUGUCUCUGUACCUAAGCAAACUUAUAGAUACAUAUCUCUGAAACUAACCUUUUCCCUCAUCUGUCGCAGAUGGAAUGUCUGUUGCUGUGAAAUAUUUAAUUCUGUGGAAUCCUGGAAGCGCAGAAGAGUUUCCUAAGUUGGGAUAAAAUUUGGAUUCCCAAAGUGUGCAAAGUGCUGUCAUACUAGUUAGAAACGUGAAGAUAAUUACAGAAUAAAUGGACCUUCUGGGUAAAGUAUAAUGCAUCUGUUUAAUCAUCAGCGGAGACAGGGUGUUUAUUUACCCAACAUACAAGCAUCACUGAUUUGAUUAACCUUUCAAUUAGUGCUUUUUUAAAGCUGCCAAGAAAUAAUCCUUAGAAACUCCAGGAGCUGUCUAAAGCCAACUGGCUUGCCCAGCUGUUAGGCAUUGAUUUAGUGGCUAACAGGGUAGAUAUGAACAUAGAAGAAUGAAGAUUUCAAGUAUAAAUGCUUUUUAGAAAAUUGACGAGAUCAGAAUAUUUCUCGUAAGAACGGGGGUAUCCCACUUUAAUUCUGCUGCUCUUGUCUAGAUCAACACUGUCUAAUAGAAAUAAAAUGGUAAGGUACAUACACAAUUUUAAAAUUUCUAGUAGCCACAGUAAUAAAGUAAAAAAAAAGUAAAAUUAAUUUUAAUAAUUGUUUUAUUUGACCCAUGUAUCCCAAAUAUUUUUCAAUACAGUCAAUACUUUUAAAAAGCCUUAGUGGGAUAUUUUUACAUUCUUUUUUUCUUAUGCUAAGUCUUUAAAUCCAGUUUGUAUUUUACACUUAGAGCACAUCUCAAUUCUGAUAAUAAAUUUUCAUUAGAAAUACUGGCUCUGUGUUUAGACUUUAUAAUAUUUAUAGUUGCAAAAGUAGAUGUGAUGUACAUACCCAGAUUAUUCGAAACAUGCUUAAGUGUUUUCCCAGUAACUGAAUCACGGGUCCGUUUUUAAAUGAAAGUUACUCGUUAAGUACCUUUUAAAAUGCAGUUCCUCACUCAGCUGCACUACACAUCUCAAGUGCUCUGUGGCCAGGUCUAGCUGGUAACGUUUGCAGAAAAUAAAUAGCCGCCUGAAUUAUGCUGUCUCAGUUCUUUACCCUCAAUUAUGUGUAAAACUUUUGGCUGUUAAGGAUGAGAGGAAGUGUGAAUGCCAGUGAUGACAAUGCAUGUGUUCCAUCCCAGGAGGAUUGUUUGUCUUCAUGUAGAAUAAUGAAAUUACUUUCCCUAUGUGGUCAGCCACAGAAGGUGUGUUCUUAUCUUUGUAGGUGCUGGGUGUUGAGAGGAAAUAUGGAAGAAAUAAUGAUUAUCCUAGCUUUCUAGGCAUUUAUUAUCUUACUAGGAAAACAGCAUAUGUCUUAAUCCUGUAAAUAUUAGCUAAUUUAAGAAAAAAUACAUUUGAAUGGGUAGCUGCGCAAAAUUUUAUUUUCUUUAAACUGUUCUAUCGUAGAAGAGAACGUGGCUAAAUGAAAGAUAAUUGUAUCAUCAACUUCUUAAACCUAAAAACCCCUUGAAAAAACUCACUGCCAUCAAGUUGAUUCGGACUCACAGCGACCCUAAAAAAAAGUGCUACUUAAUUCCCCAUAAAGCUCUUCCAAAUUAUUUAAUUUCAGUGAACUAAAAAAUAAGUGUAAUUAAGUUCUAAAUUUAUAGGAAAUUUAGCUACCUCUUCCACACUUUCAAAUAAAUUUCAAUAUGUUCCAAAUACUCACCACUUACGCAGUCUUCAAACCUCCAGGGCUCCUUUGUCUCACCUAGCAGUAAUGACCAUCUUGUUCUUGUAGCUAAAAACAUCUUGUUAUCUUCAACUUUUCCCUUUAUUCUUCCCUUGCGCUGCCUAGCUUGCUCAUUCGCCUGCAGGGUGCCCGUGUCUAUGCACUAUCAGUACCUUCAGCUCUUUCCCUCAUACUUGAGCAAGGGUUGUAAUUUGUCUCUUGGCUUCUAAUCCUUCUUUCAAUUUAACCUUUAUAAUCUGUUGCAAGAGUAAUUUUUCUGAAAUA